AUGGUUGAAAACAUACAAUCAUGGGAAGAUCUUAUCAUUAAACAUAGUAGUAAAGACUCUAAGUUUAAAUCACGUACAUGUUGUAUGCACAGUACUCAACCAAGUAAUCCUGAUACUAUUGGAGAUAAAAUAUGUCCUUGUGGUCGUAUGAUUCGUCGCCAUAGUUUCAUUGGUGAUUCUGUAGAAACUAAAGAGGCAAAGAAGGGAAAUACUGAAUUUCGCCCUCCUCAUGUAUUUUUCGAUAUGCGUCAUUCUACUGCAGUACCUGUCAAUGUUUUUGGAACAUUACAACCAAGUGGUUGUAAAUUUCUUCGAAUCGACGCUCGAUUACCAAUUAAAGAUUUAUUCGGAUUAAUACUUGAUGAUAGUGAAAGACAGAAACCAACUUUCAUCUUAAGUAUUUAUGGUGCAGCUAAAUAUUUUACAAUGCCAGAACGACUUAAAAAUGAAUUUAUAAGAGGCGUCAUCGAUGCUGGUACUGCGGCCAGUAAAUAA